ACAUAGAGAGCAGAGGGAAAGAAAAAGAAAAAUUUAACCAUGCCAUUUAAACAAUUCCUAAUGUACUCACAAGGAAUAAUGUAAUUACCAUUCUGCUACAUAGCCGAGAUAAAUGAGAUAAUCAAAAGAGAAAAGCUCUUUAUUGUAUUUAGGAUGUAUUUUAAGGCCAUGCAGACUCGGAGUUUUAGUAAUGCGGCUGUGCCAAACACAAUGCCAAAGUAUGAUGUUAAUGCCUUCCAGGCCCCCCUCUAAAUUUGAGGAAGAGUUUGGAUUAAAUAGUCAGAAGUUUAUCUGCUUAUUUAAAAUUCCGGCCUUUUUCUUAGAAAAAUUGCCCCACAAGCUGACAUAUAAACGAAUUGCCCCUAAGGGCUCAUGCUUGAAUGGCAGUGUCACCACAGAUUAUUAUAAUUGUUUCUAAACUCUAUUCUAU